CAGGAACAAGAGAGGAAUGAAAGAAGCAGAGUGAAGGUCACCAUCACCACUAAGACCCAGGACUCGUCCUCCACAGGAAAUGGAUGUGGGAAUGUUGGAGAUUCCGGCUGAGCUAUCGGCCAGACUACGCAGCGCAGCAGGGCGGCAGCAUGUAUCAGGGGUGACAGAGGUGGCGCCUCCACAGGUGAAAGCAGAAAACACCCUCAUCCUGCCCCUCGAUAUCGACAGCUACCCCUUCUCACGAUACGCCAACACUACACUGAAGGAUGGCUGGGGUCAGCCACAGGGAUACUCCCUCCAGCGACCUCUGACUGCUCUGGAGCCUGAGGACACUCAAACCGCUCUGGAGAUCUACAAACUGAUCCUGCGCUUUGUAGGGGACAGUGAUCUGAGUGGCUGGCAGGAGCACCUGUUGGGGAACUACAUCGUGGAGCAGGGCCAGACCAGACCCGCCCUGAGGGAUGAGAUCCUAGCCCAGAUAGCCCACACCACCUGGGGCAGGGAGUCAGAGGAGGGGGCCCUGCGGGGCUGGUUGUUACUGGCCUACUGCCUAAGUGCCUUCACCCCCUCCCCAGCCCUGGACAAACCCCUGCUCAAGUAUGUGUCUGACGAGGGUCCAGGUGAAUAUCGUUCUCUGUGCCAGCACAAACUCCUCACCUCCCUCAAGCUACCCUCCCCCGCCUCUCGCCUCCACCCCCCCUCCCAGCUGGAGUGGACAAUCAAUCAGAGGAGAGGAAAUAUGGUACUGGACGUUCACACCUUCAACGAGGAGAAGAUGACAGCUGAGGUAGAGUCCUGGACCACAGGGGAGCAGCUAGCCUCGUGGCUGCUCCACUUCAGAGGGUUAUCUGAGGCUCGGGGAUGGUCUGUGUCUCUGCUAGCUGAUGACGGCUGGUCUGAUCUGGCUGGAUGUGACUUUGUCUUGGACCUGUUGGCUGGAGCAGAGACUGAUGCUACUCUGGGGACCGCACACCCACACUCUGACUACCUGUUCAACAACGAGGGAGAUGGGAUGAUCACAACAGAUCUAGAUGGCUUCAUCCCCCCGGCCCCCUCCAUUCGGGCCCCUGGUCUCCCCCAGCAGGGAGGGGCCCCAUGGGACCGGACAGACUACCAGCCAUCAGAGGGUUCUCGUCAGAUGGAUUGCUAUCUGGAUGACCUCUUUGACCCAAUGCUGGACCAGGGACCAGGGGACCGGGAGCGUAUGGCCAUGUUGAACAGGAGGAUGAGAGGAGGAGGAGGGAUGUAUAGACCAGGUGUUCCAAUGACAAUGCCAGGCUAUUCUAUGGGAAUGCCAGUGAACCCUGCCAUGCAAGGCUACAGCGUUCCGAUGAUGCCAAGUAUGAUGCCAAGUAUGAUGCCAAAUAUGAUGCCAGCUGCCCCCAUGCCUAUGAUGCCAACCAUGAUGGCACCCCAGCCAGCUGCACCAGGCCUGGACCCCCAGCAGAUGGCAGUACAGCAGCAGGCUUUCAUCAACCAACAGGCCCUGGUCAUGGCCCAGCAGAUGACAAUGCAGGCGAUGACUUUGUCCCAGCAGCAGACUCAGGAGAAGCAGAGACAGCAGCAGCGGCGGGCUAACCUCCGCACCGUCACACCCCCCCGCACCCCAUCACCCCCGGCCCAGACACAACCCCACCCCCACGCCCCCUCACCCCCGGCCCAGACACAGACAAACCACCCCACCCCUUCACCUCUGACCCAGACACACCCCCACCCCCCCGCCCCUCCUCCGCUAACCACACUCAGUCAGAGGAAACCACAGCUACAGCACUACAUAUCUGAGCCAGCGAGAGAUGUGGACUUUGUCAGUCCAGACCAGCUGGAGUCUUUCAAGGAGAAGAGAGAGUUCUUCCAGAAGAAUGACCCGUCCCCGCUCCCCCUCCCCACCCCCAGCACCCAGCACUUCGCAACGUCCCGGAGGGAGCCCCCCCAAACAGACCCUUCCCCGCUCCCCCUCCCCACCCCCACCCCCAGCACCCAGGACUUGGCAACGUCCCCCGUCUCCUCCUGCCAGAGAACCAGACCGCCCCAGCCCCCUGCCUCCCCACCCCCUCCCAGCACCAGAAUCCGUGACAUCAUUAAACAGUACCAGAACCGCCCUGUCAACGAUCCCAAACCCUUCCAACCAGUCAGGGUUCCAGCACGGUCGUUUGUGAAGAAGAAUGAUCCCAAAGAGGAGGCCCUGGCUAUCCUUAGAAACAACGGACCUGGACAACAGCAGAAGAGAGAGUCUCCCCCCGCACGGCAGCGCUCUCCUCCCUCCACUAGAGGGCCUUGCUCCAUUUCCAACAACAUGAAGCAGAAACAGCGCUCCCUUGCCGACCUGUUCUGCACGCAGAGUCGCUCCAAGAACCCUCCGCCUUCUCCCCCCGAGUCCGCCCCUCCUCCUCCCCCAGUCCAACCCAUCUAUGACAGAUUGCUAGACCCUCCCCCCAAGGCUGCUCCCACACUCAAUCUGCUGUCUGGGGAGGGGAGUGUCCGCUCCCAGCUCUACAGGUUCUCUGCCAGUGUCUAUUUCUCCUACUCGGUCAUGCCUGGCAAACUGUUCCUACGCAAAGAGGUGUUUUACCCCAGAGAGAAGUUCAACCACCCCUACAUCCUCAAUCUCCUCUGUGAGCAGAUCAUGAGAGACACGUACAGUGACACCUGUGUGAGGAUCUCCAAAGAGGAGAGGAGGAAAAUGAAGGACCUACUAGCCAGUUUCCAUGUGGGUACCAGUGUCAGCUUGGUCCAGGACGACACAAAGAAGAAGAGGAUAGUGAUGGCUGCCAGAGACAACUGGGAAAACUACUUCACAAGGCUGUUCCCUGUCAAAAGUGAUACCAGCGGGGACACCCAGGUAUUAGGUGUGUCUCAUCGUGGCAUUCGUCUGCUGAAGGUGGCCAGAGCAUCAGGCAUCAACCCCAAACACCUGCGCAUGCUACGCAGCUAUAGCUAUGCAGAGCUGCUGUCGGUGGAGCUGCGGUCUGCAGACAUGGUAGAAUUCAGUCUGAAAGGAGAACAGCUGCAACUGCAGAGCAACAGAGCUGUUCAGAUUACUGCCAUGGUCAGGCUGUUCCACCAAGAACUCAUCGAGGGCUCGGAUCAUGUGAUCGCCCUGAAGAGCUUUGAGACGGACGACAAGAGCCUGCUCAACUUCCGCAGUGGUGACAUCAUCAAACUGCUGCCCAUAGAUGGCCUCAAACCAGGUUGGUGUUUCGGUUCCAUUGGGGGGCGCUCUGGUCUCUUCCCCACGGACAUCACUCAGCCGUCUGCCCCUCCUGACUACCACAACGUCCACCUUGACCGCCUCGACGAGAGGAGGAAGUCCAUGAGAGGACUCCCAGCAGCCCCCAGACCCACCUCCCAUACUGGCUCAGUACAGCCCAGCCGAGAGGGUAGUGAGCUGGGUGACGUACAGACGUUCCUGAUGACAAAGUUUGCCAUGAAAUACUUCAGAGACGCUGCCACGAGAAUGGAGGCUAGAGGUCUUCUUGAUGGAGGUAGAAACUUCUCCGAGAUGGUUCAGUACACCGAGGUUCCCGUCCAGGAAUCCCUCAUCCUGUACUCUGAUCCUGAUCUCAAUAACAUGGCUGUCCAGACCUUCAUGAGUGUGAUGCAGUUCAUGGGAGACCAGCCUCUUGGGAAUCACAAGUCUGAGGAAGACUGUGUCAGCCAUGUCUUGCUGCUGGGGAAGGAGAAGGAGUUCCUGAGAGAUGAGAUCUACUGCCAGGUCAUCAAACAGACCACUAACAACACUCACAAGCAGAGCUGUACCAGAGGUUGGCGUUUAUUGAACCUGGUAACAGGGUUCUUCCCCUGCUCUGGCGUUCUCAACCCCUACGUCACACACCACCUAAAAAACAUCAGCCAAGACCCCAAACACCCUUACCAAGAGCUGUCUCAAUACUGCAACGAGAACCUAUUCCGGUCUCUGAUCCACGGAGGACGCAGACACGUCCCCUCUCACGUAGAGAUGGAAGCCAUACUGGCUGGCAGAAGCUCUCGCCGGUUCCCCAUCAAGCUGCCAGGUGGAGUAGACUUCCCCUGUAAGAUACGCAGCUUCAGCGUGGCUCUGGAGGUGGUUGAAGAGCUGUGUACAGAGAUGGGCAUCCAGGACCCUUCAGAAGUCAACGAGUUCUCCAUCCAUGCCAACCGGGACCAGGAGGGGAUGGUGCGCCCAAUCCACCCUGAUGAGUACAUGUUUGACUUCCUAUUGGAUGACGGCUCCAUCUUCCUGUCCUUCCACCGUAUCAUGUGGACACACCCCCUUCACUUCGACAAUGACCUCUACCUGGAGUUCCACUUCCAACAGGUCCUGGGUGAUUACCUGGAUGGCAAACUGCUGCUGCCAAGCGGUGGUGCCAAUGUUGUCCAGCAGAUGGCAGAGCUGGCGGUCCUGCAGCAUUUGGCACAGGGCCGUAUUCAAGAGCCCACUAUGCCUGAACUGAAGGAGUACCUCCCCCGACAGGAAGGGGGCAGCACCAACCUGGAGCAGAUCCACUCUAUCUCUCUCAGAGAGAUAACCACCAUGCUGUCCCUCAGUCCCCACGACGCCAAAGCACGCUUCCUCGAGUGCCUGAGCUCCCUACCUCUGUUCGGCUCUAAUAUCUUCCUGGCCCAGAAGGUCAGCCAUCGCAGCUGCCCCUCGCCCUGCCUGGUGGCUGUCAACCAAGAGGGAGUGUUGUUCUGCCAUCCCAAUACACAGGAGCGGGCAUUUGUGAUCCCGUUGGUGGAAGUGCAGUCAUUGUGCUUGGUCAAACCCAAGAAACACAAGAAGGGGCCAGGAGUGGAGAUCAACUAUGGCAACCCAGGACGCCCAAAAACCAUCACCAUCCACCUCAAACAGGCCAAGGAGCUGUGCCACAUCACUGCUGUCAUUAUGGAGGAGCUGGUGCAACCACCCAUCAAUAGCUCUGUCUCCUGCCGCAACUAGUAGACAGACACACACACACACACACACACACACACACAAGCACACACACACACACACACACACACG